AUGGAGGAUGCGGCCGGGGCGGAGGCUGCAAUGCACGAUUCGGAGUGGAGCCGAGUCGACGACCAACAAGUAGAAUCGGGGAGUGGCAGCCGCCAGGAGCAGGGACGCCUCGACGACCGCAUCGGCCGCCUACACGACGACCUCAUCAUCCCCCGCCUCCCCACCCGCCAGGAGCAGGGAAGCCUCGUCAAUCUCAUCAGCCGCCUCCCGGACGACGUCCUCGGCGCCAUCAUCUCGUUCCUCCCCACCAAGGACGGCGCCCGCACGCAGGUCCUCUCCCGCCGGUGGCGUCCCCUCUGGCGCUCCUCCGCGCCUCUCAACCUCGUGGCCGACGGGAACCUCGCCAUGGGGGUCACCCAGAAGCGCCUCGCCGUCAUCUCCAAGAUCCUCUCCGACCAUCCUGGCCCUGCCCGAUGCUUCUUGCUCCGUGGCAUCUUCUUCCCGAUCAGCUUAGGCCAGAUCGACGGCUGGCUCCGCUCUGAAUCACUCGCCAAUCUGCAGGAUCUGGAGCUCACCUACACCGGACACUAUGGCGAUGUGCCGCCGUCCGUGCUCCUCUUCUCGCGGACACUUCGGGUGGCCAAAUUUGGCACCUGCAAAUUCCCUCACUUGAUUGUGCCAAACUUUCCACACCUCAAGAUGCUCACCCUAUACAACAUCGUCAUCUCGGAGGCCUCUCUCCACAGCCUGCUCUCAGCCUGCACCGCCUUGGAAAGCCUUUCACUGCAUUAUCUCAUCGGCAUUGUUUGUCUUCGCAUCAGCUCCCUGACUCUUAGGAGCAUGGACUUCGCUCAAGGUAUUGUCUUUUUCCAAGAGAUGAUCAUCGAGGACGCCCCAUGCCUUGAAAGGUUAAUACGACUUAGUUCAGACAAUGGUCCUACGACCAUCCGGGUGAUCCGGGCGCCUAAACUGAAGAUACUUGGCUUGUUAUCUGAAGGCAUAUCCACACUCAGCAUUGGAACCACCGUUUUCCAGAAAAUGAUUGCCGUCAGCUUGACAACUAAAGUGCACACAAUGAAGAUUUUGUUUCUUGACUCUAUUGGCCCUAAUCUGGAUGCGGUUCUGGACUUCCUCAAGUGCUUCCCUUGCUUGGAGAAGCUGUAUGUCAUUUCACAUCCACAAAAGAAUAUGGAUAAUGUGCGGAACUAUGACCCACUUGAUCCAAUUGAAUGCCUUGAACUCCAUCUAAAAAAAGUGGUGUUGAAGAAUUACAAUGGUAACAAGAAGCCAGCAGUUGACUUUGCCAAGUUCUUUAUUUUGAAUGCAAAAGUGCUAGAAGAAAUGGAAAUUGGAGUCCUCAACAGACGCAACAACAAGAAAUGGUUGCGCCAUCAACGUAAGCGGCUCAAAGUGGAGAAUAGAGCUUCUCAAAAUGCACGUAUUGAACUAAAAAGAGAUGGGCAGCAGAUUUUCGAGCACCACGUGCAUACCCAUGAUUUUUCAAUGGCUGAUCCCUUCGAUAUGCCCUGUGGACGCGUGCUACUGUCGUGUUAGAUAGCCUUUCCGGAGACUCUGUCACCGGCUGCCCUUGUCUGUCUCUCUAAUGUCAUCUCACCCUUGUGAUGCUCUGCAAAAUGAUCUACUCCGUUCUGCAAUGUAAUGAUUUGGUAACCACUCUGUAGAAAUCCAGGAUUCAGGAGUUGGUGCCUAAGCCCCAGAUUUAAAUCUGAACUUGCGAAUGUAGAAGACGCUCUGAAUGUUACUAUCAUCUAUGUGUUAUGUUUAUAGCUGGUACUGAGUUGUUUCUCUCCUGUGUGGUGUCCUAUGUGUAGCAGGUCUAAAUGUUACUAGCAUCUCUGUGUUAUGUUUAGCUGGUACUGGGUUGUUUCUCUCCUGCGUGGUGUCCUAUGUGUAGCAGCUCUGAAUGUUACUAGCAUCUAUGUGUUAUGUUUAGCUGGUACUGGGUUGUUUCUGUCCUUCGUGGUGUCCUAUGUGUAGCACCUGCAGGCUGAAGCAA